AUGAUUAAUACCGCCUCCGUGGAGGAAUUUGUCGGUAGUUAUUUACACAUCGCCGGAUACGAUACAAUGAGUUUCGGAAAAUUGAUAACAAUUUGGUACAAGAGGCACACGUUCAGACAACUGGUAGUGGAGCUGGCAGAGAUAUGGCCAGUCUCUAUCAGAUACAGGGACGGAGUAGAGAUAAAACGAAACAGUCUCUCAACACUUAAGCAUAGACAGUUCUUGUAUGCCUUUUGGAAUAUCUUGGGUGUGUGGUUGUAUAAUUUGACACCGAUUGCCGUGCUCCUGUACCGUAAACUGCGUGGUAUGUCUGCAGCUCUUGGCUACGUGUGGCAGAUGGCGUACCCCUUUGAUAAAACCAAGCCCGCAGUCCACGGCAUCGUGUAUAUCUUUGAAACAUGCGCUGGUUGUAUAUCAGUGUGCUGUAUGCUCGGUUCGGACUUGUUAUUCAUGACGAUGGCUAGUCACAUCAGUAUGCUGCUCCGUCUACUACAGAAUCAAAUUCGUCGGCUCGGUACAGUGGAAAGUAAAGACCCUUUUGACACAAGGUGCAAUGAUUGCUAUAAGGAUAUUGUUGAAGUUGUUAAUAUACAUCAGCGACUUAUCAGGUACAUCAAAGAUUUGGAGGAUGCUUUUUCGGUGGUAAAUCUAAUUAACGUAUUGUUAAGUUCCGUUAACAUUUGCUGUGUCAUGUUCACUAUUGUGUUUUUAGAUUCGUGGAUGGAAAUGAGUAAUAAGUUCUAUCUUGGAGCUGCUUUGACGCAAAUAUUCAUUGUAUGCUGGUACGCCGAUGAUAUAUAUAGAGCUAGCGUAGGUGUAGCAGACGCGGUGUAUGAGAGCGGAUGGUACAAGAGCAACACGAGGUGCAGGCGCGCGAUGCUCGUCGUACUUCAACGGUCACAGAGGCCUUUGUACUUCACAGCUCUCAAAUUUCGCGCUAUCACAAUGAUUACAUAUAGUUCAAUCCUUACAACAGCGUAUUCAUACUUCACGCUGUUGUACACAUCAUAUCGUCGUGAUUAA